AUGCACCCCACCCUCUCCCUCACCUUCUCUCUAGCCCUAGCCCUAUCCACAACCACCCUCGCCCUAUCACCCCACCUAUCACUAUCUACGCGCCAACAACAACCCUUCAGAACAACACCCAUAACCGACUUCUCAGAACCCUGGGCCUUCGCAUUCCUCCCCGACACCCGCAUCCUCGUCACCGAGCGAAAAGGCAACCUCCUCCUCGUGGACCCAGCCACAAAGUCCAAAGUCAGCAUCACCGGCGUCCCCUCCGUCGCGUAUGCCGGACAGGGUGGACUGCACGACAUCGCUUUACACCCCAACUAUUCCAACAACAGCAUCGUCUACAUCAGCUACGCGGAAACCGGAUCUGGUGGUGCGGGCUGCGCAGUCGCGCGCACCAAGCUGAGUCUGAGUGGUAGCAGCGGCGCACUCUCUGGCCUCGAAGUCAUAUGGCGCCAUUCCCAACGUGCCACAGGCGGCCUUCAAUUCGCAUGCCGUUUGAAAUUCGGUCCUGAAGACAACGCAUUAUACAUAUCCUCCGGCGAGAUAAACCAAAUGCACCCCGCCCAAUCCCUUUCCUCCAACCUAGGAAAAAUAAUCCGUCUCUACGACAACGGGACUGUCUACGCCGGAAAUCCAUUCGCUUCCCAGGGUAGUGUUCAAUCCCAGAUCUACACGCUCGGCCACCGUAACCCUCUAGGUAUCGAUUUCGAUCUUCAGGGCCGGCUAUGGGAGGUUGAGAUGGGGCCAUUUGGCGGUGACGAACUGAAUUUGAUAGUGCCGGGUAAGAAUUACGGAUGGCCGGUUGUGUGUGAGGGACGGCAUUACAAUGGCACGGCGAUACCGAAACAUAGUACGAGGCCGGAGUUUGCGGCGCCGAAGGCGAAUUGGGUUCCUGUUAUCUCGCCUGCUGGGCUGAUUAUAUACAAAGGUGAUUUGUUCAAGGGGUGGAAGGGGAAUGCGGUUAUUACGGGGUUGAGUGCGCAAGGGCUUGUGAGGGUUAGUAUCACUGGCGAUACGGCGGCGGAGGCACAGCGCAUCAGCAUGGGUAAACGCAUGAGGGGGAUUAGGGAGGAUAAGGAGGGCGCGAUUUGGGUGAUUGAGGAUGGGGCUGGGGGGAGGUUGUUGAAGCUUACGCCGAAUUGA